AUGGCGCCAAUGUCUGUGCUCGGCCGCGUGGGUCCGGCAAGAACCUGGCAGAGGCCCAGUGGCCGCCUGCCGGUAGGUCUGCAGAGUCUGCAGCGCAGCCGGAAAGUUUAUCAGCCACGCAGCCAGGAGUGCUUCGUGAAAUGCGGCCAACGCUUGUCAAGUGCAUCUUGUUUGUUGGCAACAGCUAGUUUCCUCGUAGCACCACGGGCCUGCAGAGGCAGAGGCUGGCGAGGCUGGCGAUGUCGGAGCUCCAUGAGCGGCCAGCGCGAUCGGGAGGUGCCUCCGCCCAAUCGUUGGGCCACCGGCGCCCCGAUCACGACCCCAGCCAGCUCCACGAUCACGCUGCGACCAGACAUGCGGAUCGACGAGGUCAUCAGGAUCCUGCUUCGCUCCAACGCGGUUUGCGUCGGUGAUGCGUCCGACGGCGUCUUCUUCGUGAAGGUUGCCCAAGAUGAUGAGGCAGAGGACGAAGGCCUUGCAUGCAUCUCGUUGGCCGACCUCCUGGAUGCCCCAAGGCAGCUCCCGCUUGACUGCCUACUGGGUCUCGGGAACAAGGAGGAGUGCGAUUUGUAUUCCUCCGCACCCGAACCGUACGUGGACAAAAGUGUGCAGACGGAGUUGCUUGGCCGCCUGCCCUGGCUACUCGGGCUCCUCGUCUUCCUGUCGGUUUCCUCGGCCAUCUUGGAGUUCUACGAUGCACUCUUGCAGAAGCACCUCAUCAUCGCGUUUUACUUGACUGCGCUGGUCGGCUGCGGCGGCAAUGCUGGUUCACAGGCUGCGUCACUGGUUCUGCAGGCUCUUGCAACUGGUGAGCUGGUGAGCUGA